CUCCAUCAUCAACAACAACAUCCGCAGUCCCCGAGAUACUGAUCCAUCUCCCAACUAGGCAUCCAGUCCUUCCUGUUCGGCGCCACCUCCCUUAACCUCCGUAUAUCCGGUCUCAAAGGUCUGUAACCGCUUGUUGGCUUGACUUCUCACGGACUAUGGCCUCCCAAUCGGAUCAGCAGCCACCCUCGUCGGAACAAACCCAGACCAAUGCCUGGGAACGGGUGGAGCGGAGAUUCACCAGCAAACCUGCAAGUGAAUACUUUGAUCCAUGUCAAGAUUUUGCGGAUAGAAGCCUAAAGUGCAUGAAGCGCAAUGGCUUCGAUAGGGAGAUGUGUUCGGAUUAUUUCCAGGCUUAUCGCGAUUGUAAAAAGCAAUGGUUAACUCAGAAGAAGCUUGGCUCGUCGGCUCAGAAACAGUGAUCGAGAGAUCCCGCCGGUCCUUUCAGUUGUGCUGCACCAAUUGCUGGUGGCCCAAUCAUGCUAUCAAGCCUACGUUUGCCGGUCUCCAUUUUUGACUGUGUCCAGGCCCAUGCCUCCAAAAAUUCCUUUGGCUCGUGGGGAGCAGAUUAGGCUUUUCUCGCAUCAUGGCGUCAGGAUAACCCUGGUUAUCGGUCAUCCCGGUCAUGGACCAGGAAGCGACGGAUGUCUUCAUAUCUUGAUAAGAGAUUGCUUCCUAGCGCUAGCUUUCCGUCAUCCAGAAAACAAUUGCUGCUUCCGCCAUCUGAUCCUUAUCUCUGCAAUGUGUUGGCUAGCCUGCAAAAUAGCAGUUGACUUUUUUGGGCAGGAUUCCCUGGCGUCCUGAUGCACGACUUUCGUCUAUGUUUCGGCUUUUGAUACCUGUAUAUUAUCUGUGUCUACAUUGGAAACGUACCGUUUGAUUAAGAA